AUGGAGCAUGCGCAUCUCCCCAACACGUGCCAGUACACGGCCAAGACUGACAGGGGAGACUAUAUUGUCCAGGUUGCCUGGCCUCUUAUUUGGGGCGAGGACCGUGUCCCGCACAAGGAAGAGCCUGUCAAUACCAUUUACGUUGUUGAUGGAAAUGCCUAUUUCUUCACAGCGGUGGAUGUUACUCGCCGUACGGAAUUCACCCAUCAGGAGCGAACAGUUGUAGUUGGAAUCGGCUAUCCCAACAAGACGUGUGUCUACGACCACCGCAGAGGCCCUGAUCUCACUCCGCCAACCGCAGAUGGCAAAUAUGAUAUCCCGCUCGAUGCGUUUGGACAACCCCAGGACCAUCUUCAAUUCGGCGAGGCGUCCAUCUUCCUCGACACCAUUGAGAACACCAUUAUGCCCCAUGUCCAAGACACUCUUUUCCCCAAAGCGCCACUGAACACUGGUCGCAAAGCUCUUUUCGGCCACUCAUAUGGCGGAAUCUUCGCCCUGAACACACUCUACACCAAGCCGGAGCUCUUCAACACCAUUAUUGCCGGAAGCCCCGUGGUCUGGUGGAACUACAGCUCCAUCAUCAAGGAGCAAGAAAAGGCAUUCCUCGCACGAAAGGACACCAUCGACAAGCCCCCAGCGUUGUUGAUGACGUAUGGAUCGGCAGCGUCGGAGCUUAAGAUGACACCAGGCGAGCCUGACGAGUCAUUUGCCAAGAGGAAGGCCUGUUCCGAGGCGGAUCAGAUGGAGACGAGGGUCAAAGAGAUGGUGGAACGUUUGGGAAGCUCGCCAAAUAUCAGGAAUAUCUGGACGUGGAAGUUUGAGGGCGAGGACCAUGGAAGUUCUGCCGUGACGGGAGUUCAGCACGGAAUCAUCAAGUUCCUCUGUGAAAAGCAUAUUGGUUAG